CGGUGGACCUCAGCCAGGCGAGAUGGAUCUGCAUCUCUACCUGGACCCAUUGUUCCUCGGUUUUGGCGCUGAUGUCUGUGUGGUCGAUGCGACGUUUGGUGGUGAAUCUGGCGCUUCGGAGUGUUCGGCCCUUCGGUUCCUGCCCUUGGCUAUGUCGCCCUGCCCGUCCACCGAGGAUGUGACGCGCAGCUUCUCUGCCGCCAGUGCCGCCAUCCGUGAUCUGCAGCGGGAGGGCAUCUCCACUGUGCGGUUCGUCACAUUCGGAUACAUAACCGGCUCUGGGAGCCCGCACCUCUACCUGCUCGAUGAAGGCGUCCUCGUCAUUCCCACGGUUUUUUGUGCGCUCAUCUCGGCUCUGGAAACCGCUAUGACCAAGACAUUCAGCGGGAUGCCGCUGGCCGUGCUGCGAGACCACCUUCUGGACUUUUCGAGUCUCGCCGCUUCGCCACUCGAGCGCACCCGGUGGUCCCGGUUUGUGCGCCACGCGACGGGCAGCCACCUGGUACCCUCGGUGGACGAGAAAUGGGUUGGCGAGUGGGUGCGGCAGGCUCUGUGGGCACGGCAAUCCGUCCUCGCGACAGCCCUUGACGCGAAGGCCGACCAGGACAUGGCCAAACUCAAGGUCAGCCAUGCAUCGAGUAGAGGAGCACGGCAAGGGCAUUGCUGAUGGGUCACAUGUGUUGUGCAGAGCAGGGGCAAGGCCAUCGACAAGGGUGUGCUGGUGAAGCAGCAGCUGGGCCGACUGGAGAGGGACGCCGUGGCUGAGUUCAUGCGGGUGGUCGACAGCUUCAAGACGGCCGAGCCCAAGCCCAUCGACCAGCUUCUCAACACCCUCACCGGCCGUCCAUUGGGUGCCUACACCAUACACACACACAUGCACACAACAAGGGCAUCUGUUGGCUUCUGUCCCGUCAGCUGAUGCGCGUCUGCCGUCUGUCGACGACCCAGAGACUGCCAGGGAGAAGGAGGAGGCGGUGCUCGAUAGGCUGGCUGAAGAGAGGCGGCAGGCCAACGACCUCACCGAGACUGUCAAGCGGCUGAGGGACUUCGAGAGAUCCAUCAAGAACGCACUCGCCAUCAAUGUGGGCUGCAUAACUAUGCCGGCAGACUGGCGGGGCGAUUGAUGUCUGGUAUGUGUGUGUGUUUGUGGUGUGCGGCUUUGCAGGACACUGCCAAUCUCUUGGCCACGGUGUAUCAGCUCGACAUGCACUUGACGAUGCACGUCGACUACACCCAUUGGGCCAAGCUGCUCAAGGUCAGCCUGCAAACCUGCACGCACACAAGUGGCCUUUGAUCUCUGUCUGCGUGUGUCGUGUGGCGUCAGGAGACCACUGACCUCUGGAGGACCAUUUGCUUCAAAGUUAAGCCGAGCCCGGACAAACAGGUGAGCCGAAUGGGAGAGUGACGCCCAUCGGCAGCCAGCGUGUGCGCAUGUCUGUUCGAUCAGGUGAAGGCAGAGUGCGCCAAAUUUUUAUCAAACAUGACGGAGGGCUUCCUGUGCGCGCAAAAGGUCGCCAACAGCCCCAAACCAAAGGCAAGAGAACUGCACAGCCCGACACAUACACACACGGAGGGAGGGAGGGAGGGAGGGAGGGGAACCGUCUUCCCAUUUGUCUCGUUCAUCCUGUUGGUUGUGUCAGCGGCCGAAGGUGUUCUUUGACCUUAAGGUUCACACAAGCAGCAGGUCGAAGCGCAUCGUCAUCGAUCUCUUCCCCGACGUCAACCCCAAGGCGGCCGAGAACUUCAGGUGAAAUCAACGAGUGAGCCAAAUGCAGCCAACAACGAUUGCUGGCUUGAUUCGUUCAUGUGUCAGGUGCUUCUGCACGGGCGAGAAGGGCAACGGCACCUCAGGAUACCCGCUCCGCUACAGAGGUACACCACACCACACCACACUACACCACACACCAGAGGGGAGACGGUGUGUGCAGGCAGCCAUGGACGCUUUAAAAAUUCCUUUUGUCUGAUUGAUGCCAUCCGUCCAUGCAGGCAGCGCCAUACCUUACGCCGUCAAAGGCUGCGACUUGAUCGGCGGCUACCUGCCCGACGGCGACAGCUUGACAUCGAUGACCGAGAGCACCUACGGCGCCAACCACAGCAAGUGGGACCACAAUCGCUCCCUCAUCGCCGCCAGACGGGCGGGCAUGGUGCUGCUCAUGGACGAAGCCGCCAGCCAGAAAAGAGGCAUCCAGAACUACAGAGAGCACGGUAUGGUCCGUCGGGUCGGCGGGCGGCCGCAUCAUAUCCACGUGUUUCAGCCAGCGACUUGCAAUCGAUGAGUUGUGUGUGUGGUUUCCUUCCUGUCUGUCUGCUUGUCUGUCAACAAACAGGCGGCCGUUUCAUGAUAACGGUGGCGUCGGCCAACUCAGCGCAGCAUUGUGAGACUGCGGUUGGGUUCAUCCCCGACCUGAAGGACGUCAGCUUCCUGCAGGCCGUCUCGCUCAUGACCGACUUCCGACAACCUCAGCCCGCACCCACGCAGUUCACCCUCGGCGACCUGGCGUAUGGGCCGCAGAUUGAGCUGCAGCCUCUCAUCGUGCCGGUCAUCAUCCAGGACUGCGGGCAGCUUCCUGAUCAGGACGACUGACGGAUGGAUCGAUGGACAGAUUGGCGCAUUUAGGUCGAGUCGCUUUUUUGGCGGCGUUUGUCUAAGUAUGGUGACGG